AUGGAGCGGCCGGGGAGCAACGGGAGCUGCCCGGGCUGCUGGUUGGAGGGGGGUCCGUCUGCGCGGGCCGCCACCGCCCUGGCUGCCGUGCUCAUCUUCACCAUCGUGGUGGACGUUCUGGGCAACGCGCUGGUCAUCCUCUCGGUGCUGAGGAACAAGAAGCUCCGGAACGCCGGCAACAUCUUUGUGGUCAGCUUGUCUGUCGCAGACCUGGUGGUUGCUGUUUAUCCCUACCCUCUGAUCCUGAGUGCUAUUUUCCAUAACGGAUGGACCAUGGGAAACGUUCACUGCCAGGUGAGCGGGUUCCUCAUGGGCCUGAGUGUCAUCGGCUCCAUUUUCAACAUCACGGCGAUCGCCAUCAACCGCUACUGCUACAUCUGCCACAGCCUGCGCUACGACAAGCUCUUCAACCUGAAGAACACCUGCUGCUACCUCUGCCUCACCUGGGUACUCACCGUGGUGGCCAUCGUGCCCAACUUCUUUGUUGGCUCCUUGCAGUAUGACCCCCGGAUUUACUCCUGCACCUUUGCCCAGACGGUGAGUACCUCGUACACCAUCGCCGUGGUGGUGGUGCACUUCAUCGUCCCCCUGUCCAUCGUGACCUUCUGCUACCUUCGGAUCUGGAUUUUGGUGAUUCAGGUCAAACACCGGGUGAGACAAGACUGCAAGCAGAAGCUCAGAGCAGCUGACAUCCGGAAUUUCUUGACUAUGUUUGUGGUUUUUGUCCUUUUCGCCGUGUGCUGGGGACCCUUAAACUUCAUAGGCCUCGCUGUUUCCAUUAAUCCUUCAAAAGUGCAGCCACACAUUCCAGAAUGGCUUUUUGUCCUGAGCUAUUUUAUGGCCUAUUUUAACAGCUGCCUGAAUGCUGUGAUCUAUGGGCUUCUUAACCAGAAUUUUCGGAAGGAGUACAAAAGGAUUCUGCUGACACUCUGGACUCCCAGGCUGCUGUUCAUCGAUGUGUCCAAGGGUGGGACAGAAGGGAUGAAGAGCAAACCAUCUCCAGCUAUAACAAACAACAACAACCAAGCUGAAAUACACCUAUAAAUCAGAACAAUGCUAUUUAUUCUAGAUUACAGUCGUAUAUAUAAUAUAUCAGAGCCUUUCCAUGUGUGCAUUUCACAGCUGGGCCCCUCAUGCAAGGGAGGAGUCUGCUACCAUUCAUGCUUAUCUUAUUGCUGUGACAUCAAGGCUUUGAGUAAGGCUUUUCAGACUGAUCUUUUUUUUUUUUUUUUUUUCCUACCAUCU